AUGGGACUGCUCGUACCACUCCUCGCGGCACACCUUCUUCUUCUUGCGGACCUCGGCCUAUGCGAGGAGUACACGACGGAGAUCCCGACCGAGGGCGUGGACCUAUAUGCCAAGUACGGCGACCAGCAGCAGCAGCACGGUCCGAACAAUCUCGGCGCGGCCUGGCAGAUCUUCGGAUCGAACGCGAUGCGCCAGUCGGAGGGCCGGCUGGUGAAGGCGAAGACGCGCAAGGUUAAGGCGCACCAGAAGGACAGCCGGCCGCAGCUGCCGCCCGGCAAGAUCAUGAUGGCGCCGCCCCGGCGCCGCACGUUCCACCAGAACGCGUCGGUCGCGAUCGACCGGAGCGCGGGCCUGGCGCACCACCCGAUCGGGACGGCGGGCGGCGGCGGGGCCGGUGUGUACGGGUCGCUGUCCCACUACGACACCCUGUACGGGAUCCGGGGCGUCGAGCGGCGCGACAACGAUGGGUUGCGGCCGUUCGAGCGCUUCGGUCCGGCCGGCGGCCAUAUUGGCGGGUACCAUCGGCACCCGGACGACGAUAUCUUCCGCUCCGACGACGAGCUACUGCUGGAGUCGCCCGGUGGUGGCGGUGGCGGUGGAGGCGGUGGCCCUAGUAGUGGCAAACCGCCGGACCUGGGGCCGCUCGAGCACUGCGACAUCCGGUGCGAGCCGCGCGAGUUCCGGUGCGACAAGAGCUGCGCCUGCAUCCACAUGGACCUGCACUGCGACGGGCAGGCCGACUGCGUGCUGGCGGAGGACGAACAGAACUGUGAGGCCGUCCACCAGCUGCUGGCGCAGCAGAUCAAGGACAACUGCGAGACGAGCGGUACGCACGUGAUCUGCGCCACCACGCACACCUGCAUCUCGCGCGAGUGGCUGUGCGACGGGGACGACGACUGCGGGGACUUCACGGACGAGACCCACUGCGGCACGCGGCUCGACUGUACCGAGGGCAAGUUCGAGUGCCAGAACGGUAUGUGCAUCCCGCCCGACUGGGUCUGCGACGGGGACAACGACUGCAACGACCUGUCGGACGAACGGAACUGCACCAAACAGUGUACGCGGGACGAGUUCCGGUGCAAGGACGGGUCGUGCAUCUCGGCAUCGUUCCAGUGUGACGGCGAGAUGGACUGCAUCGACGAGUCGGACGAGGCGGACUGUGACCGCCCGAUGCAGAACUGCCCCGAGGGCGAGUACAAGUGCAAGGGAGCGCUCGGUGGCAUGGGCGGGCCGGGGGGCCGCUGUGUGCUGAUGCGGUUCCGGUGCGACGGUGACAACGACUGCGGCGACUGGAGCGACGAGGAGAACUGUCCCAAGAAGCAGGUCGACUGUAUGAUCAACGAGUUCAAGUGCGACGACGGCGACUGCAUACCGCUCCAGUGGCGCUGCGACGACAAGCAGGACUGCAACAAUGGGGAGGACGAGAAGAACUGCCCGGUGGACCGGGGCACGGCUGGACGUGCCUGCUCCGCGGACGAGUACACCUGCAAGGACGGCCGAUGCAUUCUGCGCUCCUGGGUGUGCGACGGGUCGGCCGACUGCCGGCGGGGUGAAGACGAGCAGGACUGCGACAUCAAGUGCGAGCUGAACCAGUUCCUCUGCCCAACCGGUACCCGCAACAGUACCCGUGACCCGGUGUGCAUCAACCAGAAGCAUGUGUGCGACGGGUACGGAGAUUGCGCGAACGGCGAGGACGAGCAGCGGUGCCCGAUAGCGCACCCGUGCGGGGCCCACGCCCGCUGCGAGCAGCUGUGCGUGACGGCGUACAGCGGGCGGGAGGAGUGCAUGUGCCGGGCGGGCUACCUGCUGCACGGUAACGGUUACAACUGCACCGACAUCGACGAGUGCGCGAUCGUCGCGAGUCCGGUCUGCUCGCAGCAGUGCACGAACGUGGCCGGCAGCUUCCGGUGCUCGUGCCAGCCGGGUUACGUGCUGCGGCCGGAUCAGCGGACGUGCAAGGCGAUCGGCGGCUCCGUGAAGCUGCUGAUGGCGAACCGGGCCGACAUCCGGCAGGUGUCGCUGAGCGGGGGCAGCAACCAGUACACGUCGAUCGCCAAGGGUCUACCGAACGCGAUCGCCCUCGACUACCACUACCGGCGGGAUCUGCUGUUCUGGACGGACGUGUCGAUCGACGUGAUCAAGCGCUCGCACCUGAACGGGAGCGGCGUGCGUGACGUCAUCAAGUGGGGCCUCGAAUCGCCCGGUGGGCUAGCCGUCGACUGGGUGCACGACCUCCUGUUCUGGACCGACUCGGGAACGCGCCGCGUCGAAGUGGCAACGCUCGACGGACAGAUGCGAGCCGUGAUUGCGGCGAAUGAGUUGGAUAAGCCGCGUGCCAUAGCGGUACACCCGGGCCGGGCCGCCGUAUUCUGGACCGACUGGGGCACGAGUCCGCGCAUCGAGAAGGCGUACAUGGAUGGGUCCGAGCGGCAGACGCUGAUCGCGGAAGCCAUCUUCUGGCCGAAUGGGCUCGCGAUCGAUUACACCAGCGACCGGAUCUACUGGGCGGACGCGAAGCACGUCAUCGAGAGCGCCAACUUCGACGGGAAGGCCCGGCGCAAGAUACUGAGCAACAACCUACCGCACCCGUUCGCGCUCGCCCUGUUCGAGGACUCGAUGUACUGGACCGACUGGCACACGAAGACGAUCUCGAGCGCGAGCAAGGUGAACGGGCGCGGCUUCCGCGUCGUCCACGAGGGCCUUCACUUCCCGAUGGGCAUCCAGAGCUACCAUCCGUCGCGCCAGCCCGACUACCCCAACCGCUGCCCGGCGGAUCCGCUGCCGGGCGGUCGGCGUGGCGGCUGCUCGCACCUGUGCUUGCCGACGCGGACGCACCGCCGGUGCGCCUGCCCGAUCGGGUUGACCCUGCGCUCGGACCAGCGCACCUGCUCGACCGUGCCGGACAAGCUGCUGCUGAUCGUGCGCAAGAAGGAUGUGCGUGUGCGGCAGCUGGACGCGGCAAAUCCGGUCGACAUGGUGCUGCCGCUCGAUGGCAUCAAGUCGACGGUCGCGGUCGACUGGUGUGCCCGCACCAACGCCAUCUACUGGACGGACGUCGGCAAGAGCCUGAUUAGCCGGGCGUUCAUCAACGGGAGCGGCCAGGAACCGAUCGUGCGCUCGAACCUCAUCUCGCCCGCUGGCCUCGCGCUUGACUGGAUCACGCAGAAGAUCUACUGGACCGACCCGGGCACGAACCGGAUCGAGGCGGCCACCACCGACGGGCGCCAGAGGGCGCUGCUCGUCUGGGAGCGGCUCGACAAGCCGCGCGACAUCGUCGUGCAGCCGGCCGAGGGCUACAUGUUCUGGUCGGACUGGGGCUCGAACCCGCUCAUCGAGCGGGCCGCCAUGGACGGCGGCGGGCGCUUCACGCUCGUCUCCGAGAACCUACAGUGGCCGAACGGGCUGGCGCUGGACGUGGACAAGCAGCGGCUGUACUUCCUCGACGGUGGCACCAAGUCGCUCGAGUACGUCAAUUACGACGGCACCGGCCGUAACCGGUUGAUCCAGGAGGGCCUCCGUCACCCGUUCGGGCUGGACGUGUACGAGCGGCGCGUCUACUGGACCGACUGGGACACGCACAGUAUCCAGGUGGCCAACAUGUACACCGGCGCCGACCGACACACCAUCCUUGCCAACAACAGCGACCUGAUGGACAUCCGGGUGUUUCACCGUAAUCGGCGCGAGUCGCGUAACCCGUGCGCCCACAAGAACGGGGGCUGCUCCUACCUGUGUCUACUGAAGCCGGCCAGCUACAGUUGCGCCUGUCCCAUCGGCAUCCAGCUACAGGAUAAUGGCAAAACGUGUAAGAGUGGGCCCGCCAACUACCUGAUCUUCGCGCACCGCACCGAGAUCCGCCAGGUGUCGCUGGACAGUGACUACCAGAUCGAUGUGGUGCUGCCGCUGCCACCGAUCUCGAACGCCGUCACGCUCGACGUGGACCGGGCGACCGGCGAAGUGUACUGGGCCGACACGAUCGAGGACGUGAUCAUGCGCUCCACGCCCGACGGUAUGCGCAUCAAGCAGAUCUACAGCGAGAGCAUGACCAGCGUCGAUGGGCUCGUGCUGGACUCGAUCGGCCGCAAGCUCUACUGGACCGAUGCCGGCCGGAAGGUGCUGGAGGUCAGCGACCUGGACGGGGAUGGGUCGCGGAGUGCGCUGGUAUGGCGCGACCUGGAGCAACCGCGCGGUAUCGCGCUUGACUACGACUCCGGGCUACUGUUUUGGUCCGACUGGGGCGCGGACCCGCGCAUCGAACGCGCCGACAUGGACGGCGAGAACCGGCGCCCUCUGAUCACCGAGGGUCUCGGCUGGCCGAACGGGCUGACGGUGGACCGGGCCGAGCGGCGCAUCUACUGGGCGGACGCGCAGAUGAAGACGAUCGAGUCGGCCGGACUCGGCGGGACGCAGCGCACCCGGUUGGUGGAGAACCUGCCCCACCCGUACGCGCUCGCCGUCACCGCGCGCCACAUCUACUGGACCGACUGGAUCACGAAGGCGCUACACACGGUGCCGAAGGUGCAGCCCCACGGCACCGGCGCCACCGCUGCCGCCGCCGCCGCCGCCACAAGCCACAUCCGCAACGUGACGCACGGGCUCGAAGGCCUGAUGGACGUGAAGGUGGUGCAGGAAGACGACGGCUACCAGCUGGAGAAUGUGUGCGGGAAGGCGAACGGGGGCUGCUCGCACCUGUGCCUGCGGAACCCGACCGGCUACAGCUGCAAGUGCCCGACCGGGCUCACGAUGCGCGAGGGCAGCACCAGCGACUGCAAGACCCUGCCGGACGAGUUUCUGCUGAUUGCGCUGCGGUCGGGCAUCGGACGCAUCUCGCUGGAUACGCCGGACCUGUUCGAUGUGGUGCUGCCGAUCGAGGGCGUCCACGGUGCGGUCGUCCUUGACUACCACUACGACGCACUGCAGGUGUACUACGCGGACGUGAACGUGGACGCGAUCCGACGCGUCAGCAUGCAGAACGUGUCGGACACGCAGGUGAUCGUGGCGCGCGGCCUGAACACGCCGAACGGGCUCGCUGUGGACUGGCUGGCCGACAACCUGUACUGGACCGACACGGCGCUCAAGCGGAUCGAGGUGGCCCGGCUGGACGGCUCGUGCCGGAAGGCGAUCCUCACCGACCGGCUGGACGAUCCGCGUUCGCUCAUCCUCUACCCGAAGCGUGGCUUCCUGUUCUGGGCCGACUGGGGCGCCACGCCCAAGAUCGAGCGCGCCUACAUGGACGGGAGUGGGCGGCGCAGCGUCGUCGACUUCGAGCUCGGCUUCCCGACCGGGCUCGCCAUCGACUUCGACACCAAGCGCCUAUACUGGGCCGACGCGCUCCAGGACCGGAUCGAGAUGUGUGACUUCGAUGGCCGCCGCCGGACGCCGGUGGUGGCGCACGCGACGCACCCGUUCGGCUUCACGCUGACCGCGACGCACCUCUACUGGACCGACUGGUACAACAAGUCGGUGCUUCGCGCGUCCAAGGACAGCGUGGCCAAUGUCGAGGUGGCGCGCUUCAACCUGCGUGGCGCGCUCGAGGUCCGCUCGGUGUCCGGGGCCCGCCAACCCCACGACUGGAACCCAUGCCGGCGCGACAACGGGGGCUGCAGUCACCUGUGUCUGUACGCCGAGACGAGCUACGUGUGCGGGUGUCCGGACGUACCGGACCCAUCGGGCCGUCCCUGUCACCUCGAGCCAACUUUUGUCGUGCCGAUCCGACCGAACGACGAGCUGCUGCUGUCGCACCAGGACCAGAACCGGCCCAUCAAGUCGAACGGCUCGACCGUGCUCAGCACUAGCAAGAUGCACGCCCAGCUCGUCAUCAUCGCGACCGCCAUUUUGGCCGGGCUGCUCAUCAUCGUCAUCAUCACGAUCCUAGUGUUGAUCGUCAAUUCGAAGCGCAAGCAGACGAAGAAGAGUGCACGGAUCGCGAACGAUGUGCUCACGUUCACCAACCCCAACUACAACGGCAUCGACGGCCUGUACCAGGUGAACGAUGCCGCAUCCAGUGCCGCCUCCCGCAACACCAUCUGGAAGCGGCUCAAGUACGACCGGGCACAGGAGCGAGUGUACGAGGAAAAGUAUCUGGGCAUGCAGCACGGUACCGGAGGAGGCGGGAGCUUUUUGGCGACCGGCGGCACGGCGCCCACCACCGUGAUGACACCCGGCUCGGCGGUCCUUCCCGUCUAG